CUGGAAACGGUUUCGUCAACAUCGCCAGAACCUUCUUUUGGUCAUCUGCCCAACUUUGCACUGCCCACCGUUUUUUUAUUGCUGCCGUCUGGCAUGGUUUAUCACAGCUAGCACGUCUUCGCACGCAUCAUCUUCUUUUUUCUUUCCCAAGAAAGCCACACAACAAAACAACUAAAAAGCUCCCCCAUCUUCCAGAGAGAGAUAAACACCAUAGCUCCAAACGCCACGAUACCGCCCCGUUCCCAAUGCCAUCGCUGUCUCGUGCUGAAUCCGAAUCUCCCUGCCUGAAUCCCUGACACUUGCCUAGUCUGCCGCGGCAGAUUUCUUCGCUUUCGCCUUCGUCCCCUUUAUUUUGCUCGCAGCACAGCUACCAAAGCUGCAAUUGAACGGUACAAAACCCUCUUCCAGCAUUCGCACACGACCUCUUGCAGGUCCCCUUUACGUCAUUUUGCUCGCCGCUGCGCCAUUUCCCUACGUAGACGGGAGCUGCCUUCACCAUGGCCGACAAGCUCACCGACCAGCAGGUUGCUGACCUCACGACACUCCUGCGCAGCGAUGCCGCGCUCGACACCAAGGUCCAGUUUCUGAACAAUAUCAAGUCUUCCAUCAAGCAGCACAAUGUCCCCGACACGUGCAUCGCCCAGCUCUUCGAAGCUCUGCGCAACGCUUCCACCUCCCAGCACGCCAACAUUGUCAGCGCUGGCUUCACCGCACUCAACCACCUCCUUACCCGCCUCUCGAGACAAGACCCCAAGUGGCUAGCCCGCGAGACAACCCGCACACUUCCUAUCAUCAUCGAAAAGCUCGGCGACCAAAAAGACAAGUACCGCUCGCUGGCCUCCCAGGCCCUCAUCACUUUCUAUGGCGUCAACCCUAGCGAGGUUGAGCGCAUGGUCCGCACGGCUGCCAUGUCCGGCAAGAACCCGCGCGCCAAGGAGGCUGGCCUACACUGGCUUCUUCACAUGCACCAAGAGCAUGGCCUCCAGUUCCGAAGCUACGUGCCCCUCCUGAUGGAGCUUUUGGAAGAUGCCGACGGCAUGGUACGCGAUGCUGCGAAAUCGACCGUUAUCGAACUGUUCCGAAACGCACCCAAUGUCGCCAAAUCCGACCUCAAGAGACAGCUCAAGACAUUCAACGUGCGUCCUGCCAUCGAACAGGCCAUUGUCAAGGAGCUUAUGCCCCUCUCUGCGUCCACCGCCUCUCGACCAAAGACACCCGCUGCUAUAUCUGCCCACUCUGCUUCUGUUCCUGCACCACGGAGCGCCGAUCUCGCUGCUAGCACCUUGACAAUCGGCGCCGAUCGACCCGUUACACCUGGUUUACCUGCUGAUAACCAGGCUGAUCCAGUUGAGCCUCAGUAUGUCAACACCAGCCGUGAGCUGGACGAAGUGUUCAAAGGCAUGGCCUGGGAUUUUGAGGGAAGAGAGUCGGAGCAAAACUGGGAAAAGCGUGAGCUGCACAUGAAGACUCUUCGCAGACUCAAUGCCGGUAAUGCACCAUCCGACUUUACCGAUGCCUUUCUCAGCAACCUGCGCCAUAUGCUUGAUGGCAUCAUCAAAUGUAUUACAUCUCUGCGUACCAGUUUGUCAAAGGAAGGCUGCUCAUUGGUGGAGGAUAUUGCGCAGACAUACGGUGCUGCAAUUGAGCCCAUGGUAGAGCUUCUUAUGCAAACUCUCCUCAAGAUGUCGGCUGGUGCCAAGAAGAUUACUUCUCAGCUGGCCUACUCGACCGUCGACACCAUGAUUAACCGGGUGACGUACACUCCUCGUCUCAUGCAGCACUUGUGGAAUGCCUCACAGGACAAGAACGUCCAGCCGCGACAGUUUGCUACGGGCUGGCUGAAGACGCUGCUAAAGAAGGUUGCCAACAAUAAGCACCAUAUUGAGCACACUGGCGGUGUUGAGUUGAUUGAAAAGUGUAUCAAGAAAGGUCUUGCCGAUGCCAAUCCUACCGUCAGAGAAAAGAUGCGUUCCACCUUUUGGGCGUUUUGGGCUAUUUGGCCCUCACGAGCCGAUGCAAUCAUGGGCGAUUUGGAUGCCACAGCGCAAAAGCUUCUCCAGAAGGACCCAAGCAACCCCAACUCUCCUAAGAAGGUUGAAUCUGGCCGCGGCUUGUCCAGAAGCACAGCUACAGCAAGCAAGCCUAGUCUUCGCGAAGCCAUGCUUGGUCAGAAGAGAGCAAUGGCUACUGCAGCCAAGAAUCUCCCUGCUCGACCAGGAUCCGCCAUGUCGCACUUUUCACCUACAAGAAAUGUGUCCAACUCGUCGGCUACCUCAACUACCAGCGUUGCUACGAAGCCAGCUGUAAGGUCCCGUGCAGAGCCGUCCAUUUCGAUGAAUGCCGGCGGCAUGUCCGUGGCCCCCAUGCGGCCGUCCAGGAGACGCCCUGAGGUGGCUCGACCUGCGACUGCUGGACCGUACUCUAUGCGAGACCAGCCAUCUUCGAUGGAGGUUGAUAGCCCCGAUUCUCUUCGAUCAUCAAAGCCGUUGUCACCACGUCGUAAGGCGGCUGUGCCGGCUUCUGUAUCGCCUGUAGCCUCUCGCUCAAGACCAGGCCACAUGCACCGUGGCAGCGAGUCUAGCAUCCCGUCGCCCACUGCUCGAACCACAGGUCGUCCGCGUGUGUCGCCUCGCCCUAGCCCAGCCAAGCCGAUUAUGCCCCUUGAAAGUCCAACUCGCGACAGUCCGACCAGAUUCCGUGGUGAGCAUGCGAUCCCGAAGAUGGUCAAUAUGGAGUCUUCUGCAACAAUCGUAGCUGAGCCACAAACCGAGUAUGCUCGCAGCCCAGUCUCGCCCAACAUUCCCAAAAUUACUCUGGAUCGUCAACCUCUAGAGGAGUCGCCACCACUCAAGAUUUAUGAAGACCCUGGAGUGGCUCAGCACCAGAGCCCCAAGGCUGCCACACCACCCGUUUUGGAGGAGAAGCCCGUCAAUGAAGAUGUUGCUAAAUUGCAGCGGGCCAACGGGCAAGUCACAUUGGAGCAGCCCCUUUCUCCGGAGAAGACACGCCAAAACUCACGCCUCCUUGAUAGCGGCAUCAGCAAGAUCAAGGCCAAGUCGCUGGAAACGCACGGGUUCCGCAAGUUGCAGUCACUCAUUCGCGACCCGCAGACUGAGUUUACCGAUGACAAGUUUGAGGCGGUUGUUGUUGGGCUCUUUGACUACCUGGCAGAUCCUCUUGACAACCUGCCUGAGGACAAGGUACCAGACGUCAAGGCGCAGGUUCUCACCACGAUCAAGAUGCUGCUCAAGAAGGAGCGCGACAACUUCCAGCCGCAUGUCUCCAAGGGCCUAGAGGCUCUGCUGCUGACACGUGCUGCGUACGACUCACGUGCACACGUCGUCAGCGGUCUUGAGCUGCUUGCUGACGAACUCGUUGCCAUUGGCAAUGCUCCUGAGAUUGUGGUGGUGCUUGCUGCGCAAAUGUCCAAGGUGAAUGACUCGGAGAAGGAAGGAUGCCGCACACUGAGCAUGGGCCUGCACGUACUCAAGACGAUGCUUGAUGCCAAGAGCGGCACGUACUCGCCGACCGACAAGGAGCUAGCGGAUCUGUUUGAGUUGGCUGGCCGCUGCCUUGAGAGCGCCGACUCUGGUGUACGCAUGGACGCUGUCAAGUUUUGCGUAGCCCUUCACGGGCUCGUGGGCAAGGAGCGGUUCUGGGCUGGUGUCGGGGGCGUCAAGGACGAUCCCAAGAGUCUUAUCACGUAUUACAUUGCCAAGGGUCAGCGCGAGAUUGUCUAAGCGACUCUCUUAUGUGUUUGAUGUCUUUUUUAUAUUUCUAACGUAUGAUUUUGGUCUGGUCUGGUGUGGUUUUAAGCAUGGGUGGCGUUUGAGCUUUUUGCAUUAUCGGAUCGGAUCUGUAUUACUACUAGUUUAUUACUUGUUAUAAAAACGAUGUCACUUAGUUCUUUUUAAUCCGUCUGUUUCUUCUUCUCUGAUUGCUGCGUAUAAUUUCCAUUGUAUGUUUGAAACUACUCGUUCAUUGUAAAAAGUACAAGUUUACAAAAAUCAAGGAUACGGUAUCAAGGUGUUAUAUGUAUAAGGUCAUCAUGUCAAUUCAAGUGGCUGGGGAAUCAAACUUUAUCAACAACAGAAACACGAUCAAUCAAUCAAUCAGUCAAGGCAGUCAACCACGCUCAACCCCUACUCCUCGACCCUUGUAAAGUAAAAAAAACAAAGACAAAACAGACUUCUCUUCCCCGCAAUCUGUCUGUCUGUAUGGAUGAAAAUGUAUGCAUAACGUUCUAAAACACUGCUUUGUUCUUGCAAUAGCCUACAGUCUCAAUAUCAUUACGUGGUUCCGUCUCCAUUUUUUCUACACCUCUUCGAAGAUGGUGUGGCUGUUCUCAAUGACAAACUGGAUGGCAAUGUUCUUGGCGUGCAUGUCUGUCAUUUCACGCUCGAUGCUUGUGUCGCGCAUAAUCGUCGGGGCAAACACCACGGCCAGGUUCUUGGGCGACAUGAGGUUCUCGGGCUCGCGCUCUGCUACGCGGCGCAGAUGGAACAUGAGGAACUCGAGACAGUCGCGGUGAGACUGGGGUAGUGCGGCAAAAGUCUUGCGUAGGUGGUCGCAGCGUUCAGUCUCGUCGGCGAUGGCUAGAAAAAGAGUUAGUUGGUAAGUGAAUAGAUGGAAAGGGAAAGUAGUUGGAACGUACCAUUGGACUCGAGCACGUUGUCGUAGACGUCAAAGGUGAGCAGCGGCGUGGGCAGCUUGCGGAAGUACUGCUUCAGAACACUGGUCACGGCCGUGAUAUCGAGGUCGGUGUCGGAAAUGUCAAAGUUCUCGUCGCGGUCGAAGCCGUCCUUGAUGGCGUUUACUUGCGAGUUGCCGCCCGUCUUGCGGUAGAUGCCCUCCUGAUCCAUGCCGCGCAGCUCCACUUCCUCGAUGCAGCGUGUCACGACGCUUGGGAUCUGGCGGUGCUCAAAGUCAGCGCGGUCCGUUAGCUCCGAUCCAAACAGCACUGAUGCAGGCUCUGCAGCGGCCGAGUUGGGCAUGGUGUUGGCCGACACCGACUUGGGCAUCUGGUUCUUCUUGCCAAAGAAGCCAAAGCCCUGGCGGCCAGGCUCUAAAUUACCCGGUCGACCGCUGCCGUUGGCGCUUAUCGGCGUCGAGACGAGCUCGGCUUGCGCAACGGUAGCGUUGUACGGCAUGCCAAUGUCACCGCCUGCAAUAACACCCUGCUGUUGAAUACGCUCGCGGUCGUUUUGGAAAGCAACCACGGCUCUGUUCAUGCCCUUGGCCAUGUUCUGUGCCAUGGCCUUGGAACCCUUCUUCCAGUUGAACUUCUUCACCUGGCCCUUGCGGACUUGUACGACCGUAGGUCCCGACUCGACAAUGGUGUCGUCGUCAGCAAUGAGCGUCGGGCCUGUCGACAUGCUGGCCGAGUCAAUGUUGGCACCAGAGUUGGCACCACGGCUGUUGGCGUAGAUGCCAAGACCAUUAGAGUUCUUCAUGUCACUGACUUGUGACUUGAAGCGGCCCUGGAUCUGGUGUGUCAAGUCAUUGUUCAUGUCGGCCAGCUGGGCAUUCUUGGAAGACAGCUGCUCAAACUCCAUGAGAGCUCGGUCGCGGUCAGCCAUGGCCAGCUCACGCUCUUCUAGCAGUUGAGCUCGCUUCUGGUGCAGCUCCUCAAUCUCGCCCGCCAUGUCCUGCUUGACAGCUUCAAGACGCUGCACAAAGUCGCGGAUGGCAGAGUCUUCGAGAUCUCGCGGGUUGAUGGGUGUCUUUGUGGCCUUGGCACGCUCAACAUAGCCGCCAAGCACCUCGAGCUGCUUAAUCAUAAGCUCUGCCUGCGUAUCCAGCGCAGAGACCGUCUUUCGCUUCUCAGUCAACGUCCUGUUCAAGUUUUGCAAGUCCUUUUCGGUGUCGAAUCGUCGCUCAAGCUCGGCCACACGGUUCUCUGAAUUGCGCAGCUGUCUCUUAAGAAUCGUUGCUUCUUCCAUAGACUUCAUGGACAUGGGGUCCAUGCCACCAGUAUUUCCAUCUUCACGGAUCGGGCUCUUGGGCCAGCGAGGCGACAUGGUCGUUCGCGUCGUCUCGCUGAUGCUGCGUGAGUGGCUGAUGCGGUGGUUGAGCUGGUGUGAUUCCGCACUGCCGCUGCGGCCAUGGCGAACGACAUUGGACACGCGGCGCAGGAGAGAUGAGGAGCCCUCAUCGGUGCCCAGGAUUCUAGCCAUGUCCUCAUCCAAGCUAAAGUCGGCGCCGCUGCUCCACCUAGGCAGCUUCGGCGAGUGCUUCGGCUCAGGAUCGUCGUCAGUGCCACCCAUUGAUCCCCGGCUACCUGGCGGUGCGGGAGCGUUUCGAGGUCGUGUGUAGGCAUCAGGGGGACCCGUCUUGCUGCGUGCAACAGCAGAUGGCGGGAGCUCUUUGCGGGCAAACGCCUUGGUCUCCGACUUGAGGCUACCCUUGGACAGGUCGGGGGAUGUGAUGGCUGAUGUUCCUUCGUCCGAGGUUCCGUCCUGUGAUGCUCUCUGGUAGUUGCUGGGUCGUCUGGGUGAAGGACCGUUGUUGCUGUUGAACUUGGAAGAGGCCGAGACUUCGGGGGUGCCAGAAGCAGAAAGGCUGUUGCUUCGCGAACUGGCCAGGGCUCUGGUUUUCGAAAUGUCGGUCAUUUUGAAGUCGUCCACGUCAGGAGACAUCUUAUCGGACUUGGAGUGGCGGCGAAGGCCAGGACGGCUAACACUGUCAGACGACGGCUCACGAGACUUUUCUUGAAAGGCAAUAUGCGGCGUCGACGCUUGCGAGCCCUCACGAUUGUCAGAGGCUGAAGAGCGGCUUGUGGGGAAGUAGUCUGAUUCCUUUCUGCGGUCGGUGCCUGAAGCAGGCGUGCCACCGGCCGAAGGACUCGAGUCUCGGACAAGGGAGCCGUACAGCUCGACAGGGUCUACCGGCUUGCCAUCUGGCGAGCCAAUGAGUGCUGAGUUUCGGUUCUUGCGGUAGGCGCUCGCCGGGAGCAUAAGGCUGUCGGAUUUAGUAGGCUGUUGUUCGGUAGGCGCCGGUCGUUCAGGUGAGCGGGCAGGAAUAGCGCGAGGCGGGGUGUCGUUGCUUCUCGAGCCGGAUCGCAUCCGUGGGGAGAGCUCGUUGGGGCUGUCCUGAGGCGGCUCGUCUGUGUAGCCCUCGGUCAUGUUGGGGGGCAAGGCGGGCAGGACCUUGUCCUUGAUCAUCGGUGAACUGCCGUCUUUCUGCGUUUUUGCAGCAGCGGCAGCCCUGGACUUCUUUCUACGUCGAGCCAUUAGGGUCUCAUGGCAGCCCAUGCAAAAGAUGCCUUGCGAUGUUCUAGCGUAGCGUAGGUUUUCAAUCUUACGCUUACAGUUGCGGCAUCGGAAGCAGGUUGAGCAAAAGGCCUGGUCUCCGGUGAGAAUGGCAAGGUCUUCAAUUUUGUUACCGCAUGCACUACAUGAGUAUGUGCAGUUGUUGCAGAUGAGAGAGCCGUCACCGAGGAGGAGGAGGUUGGCGUCGGAGUCCAGGAGGGUGUUGCAGGUGUUGCAACGGAAGCAGUCGAGAUGCCAUCUGUUGCCAGCUGGUGGAGGAAACACGAGGUUAGCAGGCGCACGGCAAAAACGGGCAGCAGUUGACAGAAAAGUGAGUUUGGCGCCUCAACAGCCAACAUGCACUCGGCACACCUUUCCCCGAGGUGAGAUGGCCGACUGUCUGGCUAUCUGGUACGUACCUAGCUCAAAAGCUUUGCCUUCCUCGAGGAUCUAUCACAACACAUCAAUUAGCUUCAUCUUCUUCCUGCAUCAUCGUCAUCGCCAGCUGUUUCUCCCUAGCUUUGGGAAACGGUGUGCAUACCUCGCCACAGCCUUUGCAAGGAAAGACGUCAUCGCUAUCCAUCUGGCCGUCGAGAUACUCGUCCACAAUGGCGGUCAUUGUGUCGGAAUGGGCCAUUGCGGCGACUGUGUGUGAUUUCGUCGGCGGCGGCGUCGCUGCGCAAACUGAUUCCUGUUCGCGGGGUGGGUUGGGUUUCUAAGGAGCGCCCGCAGGCUCACUGAGCUGUCUUGUGUGUUGCCAGCAACGCUCCUUUUUCCUCACGGCUCGCUUAGUCGGGAGGGAGGCGAAUCGGGACGGUUUGGCGAGAAAAGGAGUGGCGGUUGUGCGUCGUUUACGGUGGAGAGAGAGUAGAGCUGGCUGGCUGCAUGCGCUGCGUGUGCAAAGGGGAAGAGGCGAUUUGGGAGCAAUGCAGCGCGAUAGAGGAGAAGAAGGGGAAAAAACCAAGUCGAGUCGACCUGCAACAGCCGAUGCGUUGGUCUAUCAGCGUCGCCUGCAGUGAGAAAGGCGAAAGAGAGAAAGGCGGCCAGGGGGGGUAGCAGGCGUAGCGGAGAUGAACGGCUGAGGCCAGGAAAGCAGGAGGCUUUGGAGGUACAAGGUACUUAGUUGUCUGUUCGUGGGAGCAGCUCCAGCACCCAGUAGCACACCAGAGAGGGGCCAAAGGGGCGCUGGAGAGAGAGAGGGGGCGAAAGAGGAGGAGGCGCUGGGCGUCAAAGAGUG